AUGUCUUCGUCAGCGGCUGUGUCGGAAGCUUCAUUUGUCUCCCAGUUAUUGUUGACUAAUGAGCCCGUUGUUUCAGUUGACUGGCUCCAUGCUAAUCUCCGAGAGCCUGACUUGAAGGUGCUAGACGCCUCCUGGUACAUGCCACAUGAACAGAGGAACCCACUUCAAGAAUAUCAGGUUGCACACAUUCCCGGUGCCCUUUUCUUUGAUAUUGAUGGCAUAUCAGAUCCAUCUGCCAAUUUGCCACAUAUGUUGCCAUCAGAAGAAGCAUUUGCUGCUGCUGUUUCUGCUCUAGGCAUUGAAAGUAAAGAUAAACUUAUUGUUUAUGAUGGAAUGGGCCUUUUCAGUGCAGCUCGUGUUUGGUGGAUGUUUCGAGUGUUUGGGCAUGAUAAAAUUUGGGUUUUAGAUGGAGGCAUGCCAAGAUGGCGUGCUUCAGGAUUUGAAGUUGAAUCAAGUGCUUCAAGUGAAGUUGCAUCAGAUGCUCUCUUGCAAGCUAGUGCUGCCAUUGAGGCAAUAGAGAAAGCAUAUCGAGGACAGCCAGUUGGGCAAGUUACCUUCCAAACCAAAUUCCAGCCCCAUUUCGUCUGGGCACUAGAACAGGUUAAGAAGAACAUUGAAGAAAAAGCAUUUCAACAUAUAGAUGCUCGAUCAAGAGCUAGGUUUGAUGGGGUUGCACCAGAGCCUCGAAAGGGACUAAGAAGCGGUCAUAUACCAGGGAGCAAAUGCAUUCCUUUCCCUGAGAUGUUGGAUGGCUCACAGGAACUCUUACCUGUAGAUGAGCUCAAGAAAAGAUUUGAACAAGAAGGGAUAUCAUUGGACAAACCUAUACUGACUUCAUGCGGCACUGGUGUAACUGCUUGUAUCCUCGUACUGGGGCUCCAUCGACUUGGGAAGACUAAUGUUCCGGUAUUUGAUGGAUCUUGGACAGAAUGGGCAACAAAACUGGACAUUUCCAAUGACGCUUGUAAUGCCUAG